ACAAAUCGUCACCAUCUUUCCCUGGUGGAGUACUGGACGGACUUUUCAAUCCCCAGGCUUUCAGUCAUCAGGCUCGGGCUUACCCAAGGCACCACUGGAGGCCCUUCUCACCAUUGCACUGGGUUGUAAAUGUACCCCGCCCCCGCGUUUUGGUGUAAAUGUUACGCCACCACUGCAAACGCUGAAAUACUAUUUGCGAGGAUUUCAACCUAACCAACCGUCAAGAAAGCCACUGCUAGCCACGGAGCACAUUAGCCUUGAGCGGAAUUUGACAAAAGAUGCUACAACAUUUUUAUCUCUGGAAAUGUUUGGCUUUGGGGAUUAUCCUUGGCUCUUUCUUCACAGUCUGCUUGGGCCAGUACGAUGACGAUUGCAAACUAGCUAGGGGAGGACCCCCAGCGACUAUAGUUGCUAUUGAUGAAGAGAGCCGCAAUGGUACGAUUAUAGUGGACAACAUGCUGAUUAAAGGGACUGCCGGAGGACCAAAUCCCACCAUAGAGCUCUCUUUAAAGGACAACGUGGAUUACUGGGUGCUGCUGGAUCCAGUUAAGCAAAUGCUGUUCCUGAACAGCACAGGCAGAGUCCUGGACAGAGAUCCACCAAUGAACAUACACUCUAUCGUGGUAAAAGUCCAGUGCAUCAAUAAAAAAGUUGGCACUGUUAUCUACCAUGAAGUACGGAUUGUGGUGAGAGACAGGAAUGACAAUUCACCAACGUUCAAGCAUGAGAACUACUUUGCCACGGUCAACGAGCUCACUCCAGUUGGUACCACAAUAUUUACAGGAUUUUCAGGAGACAAUGGAGCUACAGACAUAGAUGAUGGCCCAAAUGGACAGAUAGAAUAUGUUAUUCAAUAUAAUCCAGAUGAUCCGACGUCCAACGACACCUUCGAAAUUCCCCUCAUGCUGACAGGAAACGUGGUGUUAAGGAAGAGACUCAAUUAUGAAGAUAAGACUCGCUACUUUGUCAUCAUCCAAGCAAAUGACCGUGCACAGAAUCUGAAUGAACGCCGAAGCACUACCACCACUCUCACAGUCGAUGUCCUGGAUGGAGAUGACUUGGGGCCAAUGUUUCUUCCAUGUGUCCUUGUGCCAAACACUCGCGAUUGUCGCCCAAUCACCUAUCAAGCUGCCAUACCUGAGUUGAGAACUCCGGAAGAACUGAAUCCCAUCAUUGUGAUGCCACCUAUUGAAGCCAUUGAUCAGGAUCGGAAUAUACAACCACCGGAGGAUCGGCCAGGCAUCCUCUAUUCCAUUCUCGUUGGGACCCCUGAGGACUACCCACAGUUUUUCCAUAUGCACCCGAGGACUGCAGAACUCCGUCUUCUGGAGCCAGUAAACAGAGACUUUCAUCAGAAAUUUGAUUUAGUUAUUAAGGCAGAACAAGACAAUGGUCAUCCUCUCCCUGCCUUUGCCAGUCUCCACAUUGAGAUACUGGAUGAAAACAAUCAGAGCCCAUAUUUCACGAUGCCCAGUUAUCAAGGCUACAUCCUGGAAUCAGCUCCGGUGGGGUCCACUAUUUCGGACAGUCUAAAUUUGACCACUCCCCUAAGAAUUGUCGUUUUGGACAAAGACAUCGAAGAUACAAAAGACCCAGAGGUCCACCUGUUUUUGAACGACUACACCUCAGUCUUCACUGUCACACAGACUGGCAUCACGCGCUACCUCACCUUACUGCAGCCUGUGGACCGGGAGGAACAGCAGACUUACACCUUUUCGAUAACAGCAUUUGAUGGUGUCCAAGAAAGUGAGCCAGUUAUUGUCAAUAUCCGAGUAAUGGAUGCAAAUGAUAACACCCCAACUUUCCCUGAAAUAUCCUACGAUGUUUACGUUUACACAGACAUGAGCCCUGGCGACAGUGUCAUACAGCUCACUGCAGUCGACGCCGAUGAAGGGUCCAAUGGGGAGAUCACGUAUGAAAUCCUGGUCGGGGCUCAGGGAGACUUCAUCAUCAAUAAAACAACAGGGCUUAUCGCCAUCGCUCCCGAGGUGGAAUUGAUAGUUGGACGGACCUAUGCGCUCACUGUCCAAGCAGCUGAUAAUGCUCCUCCUGUAGAGAGAAGGCACUCCAUCUGCACUGUGUACAUUGAAGUGCUUCCUCCAAAUAAUCAGAGUCCUCCCCGUUUCCCACAGCUGAUGUAUAGCCUUGAAAUUAGUGAAGCCAUGAGGAUUGGUGCUGUUUUAUUAAAUCUACAGGCAACUGAUCGAGAAGGAGACCCAAUAACCUAUGCCAUUGAGAAUGGAGAUCCUCAGCGCGUCUUUAAUCUUUCAGAAACAACUGGAGUUCUCAGCCUGGGGAAAGCACUGGACAGGGAGAGCACCGACCGGUAUAUUCUGAUCGUCACGGCUUCAGACGGCAGGCCAGAUGGGACCUCAACUGCCACAGUAAAUGUGGUGGUGACAGAUGUCAAUGAUAAUGCUCCCGUGUUUGAUGCUUAUUUGCCUAGAAAUUUAUCUGUGGUGGAAGAAGAAGCCAAUGCAUUUGUGGGUCAAGUACGGGCCACAGAUCCAGAUGCUGGGAUAAAUGGCCAAGUAUACUAUAGUUUGGGUAACUUCAAUAACCUGUUUCGCAUCACAUCUAAUGGGAGCAUCUACACAGCAGUGAAACUCAACAGAGAAGUCAGGGACUACUAUGAACUCGUUGUUGUGGCAACCGACGGAGCCGUCCACCCCCGCCAUUCAACCCUGACACUGGCCAUCAAGGUUUUGGACAUAGACGAUAAUAGUCCUGUGUUCACCAAUUCAACUUACACUGUCGUCGUUGAAGAGAAUCUGCCUGCGGGAACCACCUUCCUUCGAAUAGAGGCCAAAGAUGUUGACCUUGGAGCAAAUGUAUCUUAUCGGAUAAGAAGUCCAGAAGUGAAGCACUUGUUUGCACUGCAUCCAUUUACAGGAGAACUAUCCCUUUUGAGGAGUUUAGACUAUGAAGCAUUUCCAGAACAAGAAGCAACGAUCACAUUCCUAGUGGAGGCCUUUGACAUUUAUGGAACGAUGCCACCUGGUAUUGCCACUGUCACAGUGAUAGUCAAGGAUAUGAAUGAUUAUCCUCCAGUGUUUAGUAAACGACUGUACAAAGGGAUGGUGGCGCCAGAUGCGGUCAAGGGCACACCGAUCACAACCGUUUAUGCGGAAGAUGCAGACCCUCCCGGAAUGCCUGCAAGCCGGGUGCACUAUCGAGUAGACGAUGUCCUGUUUCCUUACCCUGCCAGUAUCUUUGAUGUAGAAGAUGACUCUGGACUGGUAAUAACGCGGGUCAAUAUUAAUGAAGAACCCACUACCAUUUUCAAGUUGGUAGUUGUUGCUUUUGAUGAUGGUGAACCUGUGAUGUCCAGCAGCGCCACAGUGAAAAUCCUUGUCUUACAUCCUGGAGAAAUCCCACGCUUCACACAAGAGGAAUAUAGACCUCCUCCCGUCAGUGAACUUGCAACGAGAGGGACCGUGGUUGGUGUCAUUGCUGCUGCCGCCAUCAAUCAGAGCAUUGUAUACGCCAUCGUUUCAGGAAAUGAAGAGGGUAUGUUUGGAAUCAAUAACGUCACAGGAGUCAUUUACGUAAAUGCACCUCUGGACUACGAGACAAGGACAAGCUACGUCCUUCGAGUUCAAGCUGAUUCCCUGGAAGUGGUCCUGGCCAACCUCCGAGUUCCUUCAAAAAGCAAUACAGCAAAAGUGUACAUUGAGAUUCAGGAUGAAAAUGAUCAUCCCCCCGUGUUUUCAAGAAAGUUCUACAUUGGAGGAGUAUCAGAAGAUGCAAGAAUGUUUGCGUCUGUGCUUAGAGUUAAGGCUACUGAUGUAGACACCGGCAAUUACAGUGCUAUGGCCUAUAGACUUAUCAUACCACCCAUUAAAGAGGGAAAAGAAGGCUUUGUGGUGGAAACAUACACAGGCCUCAUCAAAACGGCCAUGCUCUUCCAUAACAUGAGAAGGUCUUACUUCAAAUUCCAAGUCAUCGCAACUGAUGACUACGGGAAAGGACUAAGCAGCAAAGCAGAAGUACUUGUCUCUGUGGUUAACCAGCUGGAUAUGCAAGUCAUUGUUUCCAAUGUACCCCCAACUCUGGUGGAAAAAAAGAUAGAAGAUCUUACAGAGAUUUUGGAUCGCUAUGUUCAGGAGCAGAUUCCCGGUGCCAAGGUGGUGGUGGAAUCCAUUGGUGCUCGUCGGCACGGAGAUGCCUUUUCUCUAGAAGAUUACACCAAAUGUGAUCUGACUGUCUAUGCAAUCGACCCCCAAACCAACAGAGCCAUUGAUAGAAAUGAGCUUUUUAAAUUUUUGGAUGGCAAACUGCUCGAUAUCAAUAAAGACUUUCAGCCAUAUUAUGGGGAAGGAGGACGAAUUCUGGAGAUCCGGACUCCAGAGGCAGUGACCAGCAUUAAAAAGCGAGGAGAGAGUCUAGGUUACACGGAAGGAGCCUUGUUGGCUCUGGCCUUCAUCAUCAUCCUGUGCUGUAUCCCUGCCAUCCUGGUGGUUUUGGUCAGCUACAGACAGUUUAAAGUACGCCAAGCUGAAUGCACCAAGACAGCGCGAAUCCAGUCGGCUUUACCUGCUGCCAAACCAGCAGCACCGGUCCCGGCUCCAGUGGCUGCACCGCCGCCGCCUCCGGGGGCGCAUCUCUACGAAGAACUUGGGGAUAGCACCAUUUGGAGUUUUUGUUGGCAGCUGCUCAUAUGCAUGAGAACUUGUGCUAUCUGGCGGACUCUGACCAGGAGAUGUUAUGCCUCAGAGCACCAACAGCUGCUGAGGGCUUCUCUCCUUAAACCAGAGGAGUUAUUAUCCAUGGAGUCUGGAAUUGAUCCUGGCCAGGAAUAUGGACAAGAUUAUUACAGUUAUGAGCAUGGGUAUGAGAUGCCUCAAUAUGGAAGUCGCCGACGUUUAUUACCACCAGCUGGACAAGAGGAAUACGGGGAGGUGGUUGGUGAAGCUGAGGAAGAAUAUGAAGAGGAGGAGUGGGCAAGAAGAAGAAUGAUCAAGCUGGUUGUUGAUCGAAAAUACGAAACCAGCUCAACUGGCGAAGACAGUGCUCCCGAGUGCCAGAGAAACCGGCUUCACAAUCCGAACAGUCACAGUAAGAUCAAUGGCAAUAUAUACAUCGCACAGAACGGUUCUGUAGUGAGAACCCGCCGUGCCUGCCUUGCUGAGCAUUUAAAAGUCACUUCCCCUGUUCGACUGGGGAGGCACUUUAAGAACCUAGACAAGUUGGCAGUGACACAGGAGGAAAACAUCCCCCUGAACACAUUAUCCAAGGGGCCCUUUUCUACUGAGAAACUGAACACGAGGCCAUCUCUGGUUACAUUUGCUCCGUGCCCGGCUGGUGCUGACAGCACAGCAGCAAAGCCCUUGGGGAACAGACUGCGAAGCGCCGGGGAACAGGAGUCCAUGCUUGACAAUAGGAGCCUCCAGGACUGUUUGAAAUUCCACGGCGACCACUUGCAGUCAGAUGACGAGGAGCUUUGGAUGGGCCCCUGGAACAACCUCCAUAUACCAAUGACAAAACUGUGACCAGUUUCGAGAAGUUAUUUUAAUUUUUACCUAAGUUUGUAAUAAACUGUGCUUUUUAUUGUCACUGAGGAAACAAUGAAUGGAAUUUAUAUCAUGCACACAAACUAAAACUUUGAACAAUAUGCUUUAAAAAGUUUAAAAAGGGACAGAUUUGCACUCACCGUUAUGUCAAUUAAUUUUUCUUCUCAAAGAAAAAAUUUCAGAUAGCUCUUCAAUUCACUAAGUAGCAUAUCGUUUAAAUACUUAACAGCUUUGUUGAAUCUUGAGGGAUUUUGUUUUUAUGUUUUUUAUUUUAAUAAACAAAAAGUAAUGUACUAAAUCAUCAUUUAUAUAUUUUUGAUUUACUGCAUUUUUAGUUCCACAGCAUUUAUUUUUCAGUACAUGUAAUUUUACAUUCCAUGGGAAAAAUGGAAAUUUAUAGUGGAAGAUUUUUACAGGUAACAGGUGUAUGCAAUUGCUACAUAUACCAUCCUGAUAUUUUAAAUGAAAUGAAAAGUUUAUGGUUGCAUUGGUAAAUAUGGAAAACUUCCAUAAAUUAUCUUGAAUCAUGGACCUAUUUUCCUAAUUGUCCAAUAUAAAGGGUUUUUUAAGAUUUU